CUCUCUCUGUGUGUUGAGCACGGACCUCUUUUUUGUUCCUUUCUUUCGCCUGACCCUCCAGAGCUCAGGUUCCUAAGGCAGCUGUAUGCAACCUCAAAACGAAAGCGUAGUUCUUGGAAGCUACUUGAGAAAGCAGAAGUUGGUGCUAUUUCGGUGGAUGUCUGUCAGCCGCCUGUCUGUCUCUUCUCACCAUGGCAGCAGCUUUGCCAGUAUGCUACCAUGGAGCCAUCACCAGGAAGGAGUGUGAGGAACUGCUGGGAAAGAAAAACAAGGACGGAGCUUACCUGAUCCGAGAUAGCGAAACCAUCCAUGGAGCCAUGUGUCUUUGUGUCUAUAAAAAGAGGGUGGUGUAUACCUACAGGCUGCUUCAGACGCACACCGGACAGUAUACUCUCCUGACGGCAGGCGGUUUGGAGGAGGUGUUUUUUAAGAGUUUGGACGACCUCAUCCGUCACUAUAAGAAGAAGAACCAAGGUCUGGCCAUGCACCUUCGGCACUCCGUCAAAAGGAAGACAGCCCUGUUGAUCAAGGUCCCAAACACGCUUGAUGCACCAUCUGAAAGUUCAUCCGCAGCUCCAAAUGAACAAGUAAACCCCUCACCUGAAGAGGAUCAUGACUAUGAAAAUGAUCCUUCAUCAGACUAUGUGGAAGUGCUUCCUGAUGCUCUUUGACAUUUAGCAUCUAACAGAUAAAGAGAGAGACAUUACGUGGGGACAAAGGACAAUACAUUCACAGACUGAAUCAUGAUUUAUGGACUUGGACAUACCCUGUUCACAUCCUCAUCUCUUUGUUCUACAUUAGUACAGGUGGUUUAUUUUUUUCCUUCUUUUUUUUUUUUUUGUUUCACAUGCUGAUGCUAUGAGCUUCUUUGUGUUGGUCUGUUUGUAGACCAUUUAGACCCUGAAUUAAUUCUUUGAACUGCUCUUAGAAGGUUUGCACUUGUGGACACUUAUCACUUAUAUAUUAAAAUUGUAAAAGUUACAAUAUUACAAUGAACAGACAGGACAGAAAAAACAAAACAUAAAGACGUAAAACUAUAAGAUAUAACCAGUUACAACCUAGAAGCAUCGACAAGUGUCUACUGAUUCACUCAUCAUUGUGCUAAUAAGACCUUUAAAUUCAGGUGUUAAGAUGUUUCAACCCUAAUUUAUGUCUAACUUUUUGGUUCAUCUGUAUCAACCUGCAAAACAUGUGCCUGAGCAUGUUAGCCUGGUCAGUUUUUGUCAUUUUUAGCUCAAGUACAGCCUCACAGAUCCACCAGCACACUUCAAAUAACGUCAAGCAAUAAUGAGUCUUUUACUUUCUUCUAUUAACUUUUUAAUUUUUUGUGGCUACACAUGUACAGUAUUUGGGACUUGAACAUUGAGAACAUGUGAUAUUUUAGAAACCUGGGAUUAAGGCAUGGUUUGUAGAAAAUAAUGCUCAUGUGACUUUUUACACAGCUGAUUAAUUAUAGUCGUCAUGAAUCAUAUGCAUAUGGAACUCUUUGUGCAACAGAAUCAAAGUAUCCAGUCAUCUGGAAGACGGACAGUUUCAUUAUUUCUUAGCUGUGAAAACUUUUGACAUGCCAUCAACAACAACACUGAGCAGUUUUUCUCUGUACUUAAGAACAAUCUGUGCGUAUGUCUAAAUAGCCCAACCAUAACUGAAAGUCUAAAAUCAGCCUCAUCUAUGUUUGACAGCUCCAAGCUCAUUGGAUUCUUUAAAAUAUAACUUACUUAAUUUUAAAAGAAAAGCUUGAACAAUCAUAAAAGAACAGUUGUUUUGUGGGGCAUGGUUUCAGUUGCGGAGAAACUACAUUGCUUCAUUAUUUAGGGUUUGAGGUGGCAGAUGGUUGAAUGUGUGCUCAUACAUCAGCUACAUGUGUCUGGAAUAACGGUAUCUCUGUAUCUGACGAGUUAGACACAUUCAUUGAUGGUUUUGUUUUAGAUAAUUUACAGCUAUUAUUAAUCCGUGUCUCUGGUCCAAUUCUGACAUCCUUGUAUGAACGUUCUGAUCCAUUGUAUGUUCUGACACCUUUCUGUCAGUACCAGUAUGAAAUUUGUGAACUUAUCAUAUGACCACGUCUUCCUUGAUGUAUUUUUGAUUUAAAAAAAAAAACAAAAAAACAAAACAAUGUUUAUUAGAUUGGGUAUUGUCUCUGCAUUAAUGUAAGCUUCUUUUCAGAUGCCGUCUGUCUGCUCUGGACUGUAUAUAUACAGUGCGGCAGCUAAUAAGAUAAUAUAAGAAAAUUAUGCGGAAACUAUGUUUGUACAGCUCCUGUGAAGUGAAGGCUCACGGUUAUUGUGAGCAUGAUGGUUACUGAACUUUUUUUUAUAUUGACUUUUAAGAAACUGUUUGGAACUUAUUUCAUUUCUUCUCCAUUAACUGUAAGUAGUCUGUAAAAUAACUUUUGAGUCCUUACAAUGUUAGGUCAUUUUGCUCUUAAAAUGAAGCUUCAACCUUGAAAAGUGUGUGGUUUUUAACACACCCUUUGUUUGAACGGACAAAAUAUAACCAAACAUCCUGUCUCCGUUUUCACACCCCCUCUACCGCUGUCUUCUCACUGAUAGUUUUUAAGAGUUCAUUUCUUUUUUUGAGCUUUACUUUCUGCACUUUAAUUUUGUUUUUUGUUUUUUAUGGAAGAGUGUUCAAUAUAAAAAUUUUGAAGCAAAUUAAUGCCUUGCUUUAAUGUAUAUGCAUAAUACAGAGAGGAGAACAACUUAAAAAAGACUUGAAAGCGGAAAGAGUCUGAUGGGUUUUAAGGCUGCAUGUCGUAACCACAGUUUCCACGCACAGAGACAGCAAGCAGCUACAUUUACACGUCACUCAGACAUAGCCACACAAACACACACUUGUACUUAGCAUCAAAGGUCUUGUGUUACAUUAAAAGUUUUUCUCACA